AUGACCUUACAGCUUAAAACCAAAGCACAACUCUUUGACCUGCAUUGCUCUGUUGGUCUGACUGACUGGGACAUGGACAAGGAGCUGAAACUGGCUACAACCACUGACCAGUUAUAUCAUGAUGACAAAGUGAGUGAUCAGUAUGUGGUCCAGAGGCCUUCUGUAAGAACGUCAAAAAGGAAAGAUGAAUUUAUCUGGUACGAUAGAACAUCAGAUACUUUUGUGAAACCAAACCUGUGGCUGCUGGUGAAUCCCAGCAUUGCCUGCCCGAUCCAGUACAACGAGAUUAAUGCUGACGUGGGGCCUGUGUGCGAACCUGCUGAGAAAAGCCAAACUGGGCUCCUGGAGACCCGAUGUCCCCUGACAGCAGAGCUCCAGGUGUUUUCCUGCCAUGAUGCUCCUCUCCAGGGGGAGCUGUUGCAAUCAGUUUCCUCUGAGUACACGGUCAAGAAUGAUGUCAUCUCCUGUCAACCCGUCAAGAGCAGACGUAAGGCGAGGACCAUAAAGCCCAGGGACAAUAAGCCUCUUAAACCAGGCUGCUGGCCCCGUCCACCAGUGAAUUACUGCAUCCUCAUUGCCUUGGCACUCAAGAGCAGCCAUACAGGGAGCCUCAAAGUCCAGCAGAUUUACAAUUUCACCAGAGAGCACUUCCCAUUUUUUCAGACGGCUCCAGACGGCUGGAAGAACACUAUCCGACACAACUUGUGUUUCAACAGCAGUUUCCGCAAAACUUGCAACCAGUUGUGCAGAGAUGGCAAGAGGAAGUCAUGUUUUUGGCACCUUACUUUAGAUGGCCAGCGGCGCCUUAAGGAUGAGAUCCACAUGCUGACAGGAGACUAUUUAAAGCAGCUGGAGAAGAGCAUGUCCCACCCAGCUGCUCGGCCUCCACCUCCAUGCCCCCCAACCCCAAUCCUCCCCCAAAGAAGAGGAUUCAGGCACUGGCUAGAACUCAACAUCAGUGGUGAUGCACCUAAAAGAGGAAUUAUGGUUUUGAUCAACUGGUCCCUGAAUGCAAUUGACACCCUCUUCUCAACGAGAAGCCUAGGCUCGGGUGAGCCGGAGUGUCCUGGAGGGACGUUCCCUGCUGGAUACACGAUGGACGGGUGGCAUAACUGGACGGUCGUGUGCCUGGCGGGACUGUCGAUCGAGGACAUUGAAGACAUCUACCUGUUUGAACCAUGA